UUAUAAUACUAAUAGUGUCACUGAUAUUUCAAUGUGUUACUGGCAGUGUAUCUUAUGAUGCAAGUUGAUGUUGUACUGUAUCCAUCAUUAGGUGCUAAUAUCACCAUAACUCGUCUAUUCGUCUAUCGUUUGAUUGGUCCCGCUAUGCAGUCCGGUCUAACCCUGUUCCCUGAGACCCCCGCCCCCACAACUGAUUGCAUUAAUAUAACAGGACUCUGUGUCGCUAAUGCCAAUACCAGCACUGGGUCCCUCCCUGUACUGAGUUUGAAUAUCAACGGCAGCUGGAACUAUGAUGAUGUGUGUAUGUGCAUACCUGGACAUGAACUGAUGCUCAUUGAAGGAACUAAUCAAUGUCAAGCGUGUGCUCCAUCAACAUACAAGUCCACUCUAUCAAACACAGUCUGUACACCAUGUCCUCUCAAUUCAGACAGUACAGUACACGGCUCUAGUGUCUGUCAGUGUGACAGUGGCUUCUAUAGGGCACCUAAUGAUGGACCAUCAAUGCCAUGUACUGGUCCCCCCUCAGCUCCGGUUGGUAUACUAGUGAACGUUACCACCAGCACCUACUCACUAAUUAGCUGGGGCAUCCCCGCCAGCACUGGUGGUAGAACUGAUGUCUAUUAUGAUAUCUAUUACUAUAGCACUGCCAAUGCCACUAGGGUCAAAGCUAACCCUCAGCCAUUAUACGCUACAUCAUACAACUUCACUGGGCUCUUACCACUGACCACUUACCUGGUGACUGUGUCAGCUGAAAAUGGAGUUUCCAAUCAGUCCUCCAGCACUCAGAGAUCAAUCUUUAUAGCAAUUACCACUCCUGAAGGAGUUCCGAUGCCAGUAGUUGGUGUGAAGGUCCUAUCAGGUCGUCAAUAUGUUGAAUGGAAUGUCUCAUCAUCAGCUCAUGGUGUCAUCACUAUGUAUGAGGUCGUCUUUUAUGCUGACCUCAGCGAUCCUUCUCGUCGUGGGCGCUAUAUUCCAGUGCCUAGUGAUGUCACUGUCUAUCAGGUCAACAUUACUAGGGAUUUUCCCUCCAGUGGACAACCUGUUUAUGUAUCUGUACGUGCCUAUACUCAAGUUGGUCCUGGAGAUUGGAGUGAACCAAUUGUGUUUUCUCAAACCAAUUCAUUAGCCCCCACUCAAAAAAGUCCAUCAUCAACUACAAGUAUAAAAAUAAUAGCAACUGUGACGUUAUCAACAACAAGUGGUUUGGCAACUACCAGUGUCUCAUCAUCAAGGCAAAUACCUGGUACUACAGAUCAAUCAACGACCACACCCACUGCCACACCUACUGAAUCCGGCUCUAAUCCAGUAAUCAGUAUAGUAGCAGUGUUGGGUGGAGCCAUAGGGAUACUAUUAAUAGUAACACUAGGAGCAGUUGGGUAUUUCAUAUUCCGUAAGUUGAGACUCAAGUAUAUGCCAAAGGAGGAGACUGACCACGCCUCCCUCGUUAAGUAUGAGGUGGUGUCAGGAGAGGAGGAGGAGAACAGGGUACAGAUUAACCCUCUCGCUGAAGACAGUUAAUUUAUUAUUUUUAACUAUUUUUGUGAUAAAACAGAAAAUCAUUAUUUUCUUAAUUUUGUUGUGUCGAUAGUUAAUGAUUGUGUUUUAGUACUUAUUGCGAUUAUUUUUUGUUAAAUUUGCAACUAUUUUUAGCAAACUAACCUCUUAUUUUGAAUUAACUGUUUUAAAUUUUUAAUUU